UUAAACUUAAUUCAUGGCUGUUGCUAAAAUGUAUUGCCCUUCGCUUACCAAUUGUUUAUUAUUUUGUUAAUAAAUCUGGGCAUUGUACACUGUUGAUUAGUCCAAUAUUGAGCUGGCCGUAAAAAUCUCGUUAAAACUAAACAAAUGUGGAACAUAAACAUGUAGAACCUAUUGAAUAAAAAAAAAUAUAAUAAACUCAAUAGAAAUAUAUAUAGAGCAUUGUGUAUACAAUUUCGACUUAAAAUCACUAAAAUCAAAGAUAAUUUUUUCUAUAAUCUGAGGAAAAAGUUGCGAAUAUCAAAUCAAAAGGAAUCUGAAAUCAAACACAUCAUACAUAAAAUAUGCAAAAAUGGAGCUGAUAAGAAAAUAUAAACAGGGAAAGCUAACAAGUGGUGAUAUACGCAAAUUAAAUAAUAUAGUAAUAUGUCUCAUGGUGCUUGUGGCAAUAUUCUCCAUUAUUUGGAGUCUGUCUCUGCACAUGUUGUCCGGCGAUUUCUACGACGGAAUCAUCAGUGCCAAAGUAGUAUUUAAGGAGCGCAACUUUGCCCAAAUGGACAAUAGAAGCAGAGAGAUUUUACAACAGGAUCUUCAAAAAGUGGGACUCUUGGCCUACGAGCCGAAAACAAAGCCGGAAUCGCUGAAAAGCGAAAGCCAAACAAAGAAGCCAAAAUACAAGUUCGAACAUAUCUACGAGCCAAAGGACAAUGCCCCACUUUUGGCACGUUUGGUAAGCCAACAGGAGCACGACCAGGACCAGGAGGAGAAGCUAAAAACAACAACAACAAAUGCACUCCCAGAAAUUGUACCCAAUGCGGAUGCGGAUCGCAAGUUUCUGGCCACCCAGUCCAUCGAUACCUAUGCCACACUGUGGAGUCAAGGCGUUGGGGCACAGUUUGUUUAUGCCUUUCCCCUGAUAUCGGAAAUUGUAGCCAUCAUUUGGACAGCCAUGUGUCUCAUCUUCCAAACGGGCAACAAGAAAACAUCGGUGUUGCCUAAGCCUUGGCGCAUUGUAGUGCCCUCCAUUGUCAUUUUCACCCUGAUGAGCUUGGGAAGCACCGCUUACACGAUACUGACCAAUGGCUACCUGAAACGUUUGUGUGGCAAUUUGAGACAGGGCCUUACUAAUCCCUUGGCAGUCAGUUGUGGAGAUGCCAUCGCCCUGCUGAGACCUCUCAUACAUGAGCAUAGCGUUUCACACGAUGCGUAUUUGGAUCUGUUCCGCUGCAGUUAUAUAAUUAGCAUGGUGCUGUGGAUCCUGGCACUGCUAGUCAUGGUCCUGCGAUAUAUCUUUGCCAUUGAUUUUCAGCUGGUUGACAUCGAUGAUAUGUUCGAUCGACGCCCAGCUGUUGCCCUGCAGCCCAUUCAUCCAGCUUACACUGAGGUGCUGCAGGGUAGCCCACAGCAUUGCCAGCAAAAGGGGAGACCCAAAUCGGAUGAUGACUUUCAGAGCGCCAAGUCGCGACUUAGUGAUUUAACUAUGCCACUGAUCGAGCUCAAGGCCCAAGAACAACCAACAGAGCAACAGCAACUAUCACAAAAUAGCUUAACAACUGUCACCUAGAGCCUUGAUCUUAUCAAUAGCAAACGCACAUCAGAAAUCUCAGGUUUAUUUUUAUAUGACGUAGUAUAAAGCAAUUCAGAAAUCAAACACGUUAUCAAACUUCGAUUUCCAUAUGCGAAAUUCCAUUUCCAUUUCUUAUCUUUAUGUAAGAUCAGGAAUCGCGAAGAAGAGUUAUGAAUUCGAGCAAAUCAAAACAGAAUUAAUUAUCUGAAUGAAUGAAA